GGCUGUUGGAAUGCCUAAUGUUAUCAAUUUUUUGUUGUAUGAUUUUAGCUGUCAUUAUUGAUUUAUUACCUAAAACAACAAAAAAAGUAUUUAAAAUAGCUUAAAACUCGUCUAUUUAAAAGUGCUUGUAACUUGUUAGAAACCAUCAAAUCAGCUAUUUAAUAUUCGCAGAUGCACAUGAUGAAAAUUCAGUGGUUUCGCUUUUUCUAUAGGUUACAAAAUUUUUUUGGAUUUAACAAAAUCAUCAUGAAUAAAAACAUAAAUGAUGUGUCUCAAAUAAUGUUAAAAUCCAUUGAAAAAUCGCUUUGGAUUAAGCUUCAUAGCGUGUAUUUUCUUCAAAAUGGUAGACAUCGAACCAGGCAUAUAAUUUCUCGCAAAAAUAGAGUUGCUAUUAUUUUAUACAACAAACCCAGGAAAGUCUUAGUUUUCGUUAAACAGUUCAGACCUGCUGUAUAUAUUUCAUCCAUUCCAGAAAGUGACCAAAAAAUUGGCCAAGAAAUUGACAUAAAAAAGUAUCCUCCAAAACUGGGAAUCACGCUAGAACUCUGUGCUGGUUUGGUAGACAAAGAUAAAUCUUUAGAGGAAAUAGCAAAGGAAGAAAUUUUUGAAGAAUGUGGCUAUGACGUGCCGCUUAAUUCCUUGGAAAAAAUUGGCUCAUACAGAUGUGGCACAGGUACGAAUAGUGGUGUCCAAACCGAUUUUUAUUGUGAAGUUACUGAUGACAUGAAAAUAUCUGUGGGAGGCGGUAUUGAUAACGAACUUAUAGAGGUUGUUGAGAUGACUGUUGAUGAUGUUAAGAAGUAUUUAAACCAGAGUUACCUCAACAGUCCGCCUGGGUUUAUUUAUUGUAUGCAUUGGUUUCUUUAUAAUAAAGUAGAAUGUUUAUGUUUAUAGGUAAAAUAAAACUACUUUUAUAUACAAUUA